UAUAAACCCACUCAAUCACUCAGCAAGAUAGCUCUUGAAUUCCGCAAUCGACCUUUUUUAUUUUGCCAACCACCUUUUGUCGAUCGUCACCUUUUCUUUAAUUAAAAAUAAAAAAUGAAACUAUUGAUUUCCAGCAUAUUGAUGUUGGCUGUAGCAGCCUGCGUUUACGCCGAGGCGCAACCGGAGAACAACUUCCAAGCUGGCGGCCCACAGCCUUCUUAUGACGACAACAAACCAGUCAGCGAAGGUCGAUUCAUCUUCAAAACUGUGUCGGUUACUCUUCAAACUUUGACCAUCACCUCAACCACCACCAGUGUCACAACCUGCACCACUUCCACUGCUGGCCUUUCAAUCUGCACCGCUUCCGGCCGACGCCGUCGUGGUCUCCAUUUAAGCGGAAACAAGGAAGGGCGUGGUCUUUUCUACAACGAGGAUGAAGAACACGACGACAACAACAACGUUUUCCUGCCUCAACCAAAGGAUGAGAGUUCAUCCGUGGAAUCUGGAGUCGUAUCUCUUCGCGAAGGCAGAGAGACUCCCAGUACGCCGAUCCCGUUCGAGGUUCAACCCGGGUAUGAGGUUCCCCAAGGCCAAGGACGUGUCUACUUGGCUUUCCGUACGUCGACCAUCACGACGACUUCCACCGUCACUUCCAUCGCCUCCUUGACGGCCAUCUGUAUCAGCACCACCGGAUUCCAGGUGUGCGGAUCCCAGGGCAGAAAAUAAAUCGCAACGCGUAGAAUUAUUCUCAGGAUUCAUCGAACCAGAUUGACUCUCGUUCUAUCGACUCCUCGUCCGUUAUUAUCCGACUUCCCAUUCCGACGGCUUUCCGAAUGAUUAUGAUCUUGAUUCAUUCAUGAAAUAUUUACAUUAAUUAAAGCGAUUUUGUUAAAGAUGUUAUAUUAUGUCCUCGGUCGUUCCUGUUGGGUGUUACGAUAACUCGCCCCCAUGGAAAACUGAAUACACUUUGAAUAAGCAUA